AGGUCUGUGCUUAAUAAUAGUUAUUGAUAUUUUUAGAUUGAGACAGUACGACAGAUACUUUCACGGUUAAUAGUGUAUUUAUUUGCAAAUAUCUAUAAACUUGUAUUGACUUUUGACGUGCCUUGAAAAAGUCAAAAAUGAACUAUUUUACUGUGAAAUUCACGAGCUGUAAAUCUGGACCGGAAAUGACGCCAUUACUUUCGAUUUCAUCGCGCACUGAUGUCAUGUCAUGGAGGUUACAGGAGUGAGUUUUAAAUUGCUGCUCCAGUUUUGCCUAAAUGCUCCCAUGUAGGUGAAUCGGCAACAAUAUCAUCUAACAGUAAAAGCAUUUGAACAUCCUCAGGUAACCGAACACAUUUCACUUAUCCAUGUUCCAAUCAACCCUUUACUUUAUCUGUUUAUGUGUCAACCUGUGUUUCCUCAGAUGGAUUUACCAGUGGAGGCAACAGUACAUAUGAGCAUUUUCCCCAAUAAAGCGGAGGUUAAACAACUACUCCAGUCCCAUGGCUUUGAGUUGAGGUAUCUGAGUCAUGAUCAGGUGCAUGUGAAAGGGUCGUUUCUGAAGCUGAAGGCUGUUAUAGCCUCUCUGGAGCAGAUUCUCGCAUCACACAGUAAGACGGAUAUCGUUCCGGUCCCAAAAGCCUCCUAUGCUCCCUCUGGAGCCGUUCCAAAACACAACCCCAGAAACAGCUCAGUGUCUGAUGCUAACAGAAGCCGAGACAAGCCUCCACAUUCUUCUCCAUCUUCACCCACCUCCUCCUUGUCUCCGUCAUCUCCAAACAAACAUCCAAGCUUACCAUACAAAGCUUCUCCUUCAACUUCUCCAGAUCAGCGUGGCUCAUUAAGUCCUCAAAGAGAGUCAUUUAUGGUUGAUGAAGAUGUGUUUAGGUAUGCAGAUCGGCUCAGAAAAAGAGACAUUGAUGGCAUCCUGGAAUGCCAUAAUGUCACAAUGGUGGUAGUAAAAGUAGGCGAUAGUGCCAACAUCACUCUAAAUGGGAACAGCGCGAGAACAGCGGUCAGUAAACUACAGAGCCUUCUGGAUCAUCUCAACCAAUCUCUGCGCACACAGGAAGUCCUUCUGAAGGAUAUGGAUCACGAAGGCAGGGUGCUUUUAGAGAAGAUCAAGAAAGACAGAAACAUUUACAACUCAGUGCUCGUAUGUCCCAUGGAUGACACACUUUGCCUCAUAGGACCGUCCCGUGAGAGCCACGAUUUAAAACGCAUGCUCUUACAGAGGCAGAGCGAGCAGUCACGACAUCCAGAGAGGACAUCGGUUAAAACAGAGAAAAGGAGGAGCAACUCUCUGCCAACGAUCAGUCACAAGAAUGCAAGAGUUCGGGGGGGCAACGAUGUGUCAUAUCCUUAUGCAGAUGAUGACCGUUACCAUCGAUCAAGGUACCAGGAUGAUGAGCAGGGAGCUGUUGGUUGUUUUGGUGGAGCCUCAAUGGAAAAAAGACGCCAUACAUUGAGAAGAGAUGCUUCGGAAGACAGGAUUGAUGAGCAAAAGAUGGAAAAGAAAGGCAAUCAAUCACCUAUGAAAUCCAAAGCCUGGAGCAGUUUCAAGAGCAAGUUCACAUCCUUUAAGAAAAAGAAAAAAUAAGGAGUGAAGUUGUGUAAAUGAGGUAGGAAAACAGCGCAAGAACUUUAUUGUCACCUUUUUUAAAAACUAUUAUGUGUCUUAAAAGCUGUUAUUUGUCUCAUUGAGUCUGCAGCUGCACAAUGUUGUAAAUGAGAACUGGAUUUCUAUCGGUAUUGUUGAGGCCAAUAGCAUUAUUGAGCACAUGUUUGUACCACUGAAUUUACUCUCUUAAUAGAGAUUGAUUUUAAAGCACAUGGCAUAGCGCUGUCUGCUGGAAUGUCAGAUUUGUUCUGUGGCUCAACGUCACGAGAGCUGACGUGUAUUGAUGCUGCCUCCCUUUAUUGGUAGUGAUGUUGACAUUUUCACAUUUUAUUACAUUUUUUAUUUCAGUUUUAUAACAACUGCUAAUCUGACACUGCUCCAAUACAAUGCAUUGUGAUCAUUAGCUGUUAAUAUCAGGCUUGCAAAUAUGGAAUGUGAUCUGUUGUCCUUUUAAUCAUCUCGUUAAAAUGAUUGAGGUGUGACAUCUAAAUUUGUUAAGUCAGAUUGAUAAAUAUCAUGCAAUAUACUCAUUAAGACUCGGACACUGUAUUAUUCGAUAUUUUCCAUACAAAUAAUCUAAAUAUAUUGUUGUGCCUGAUAAUAUUUAACCUCUCCUGCACUGAAAACAGUUAUUCAGCUGACAUCUAUUGCACAAUUUUGUUUCAUUAUUGCUAUUCUCUUGCAUUAUAAAUGUUUGUAAUAAACAGAAGGGCUAAAAUAUAAUGCAUGUAAACAUCAAAACUGAAGAAUUUAUAUGGCUGCUAAUUUAAAAAUGGGGUUUUAAAACCCUGACAUAAACAAUAAAGUCUUUUCUGAUUUUGAUAAUGAGA